CCGGCGUUCGUGCGCCCCGCUGCCCUCUUCUUCUUCAGUGCGCCCGGGCGUCGUCUCCCACCGGCCGCUUUUCCCCCCCACCCCACACCACACCUUUCUCGAGCACAGGGAGUCACGCCCGCCACUUUGCCGCGAUUGUCUCUGUCGCCAUGAUUUUUAGCUGUUGGAGGUCAAAUCCCGUGGCACCAGAUCGACCGCCGGUGUAGAUGCCGUGCGGAUGUCCCUUUCUUCAUCUCCUAUUUUCACCCAUUAUUGGAAAUCUCCUUGGAUGAAGAUGCUCCCAGCUGCCUUGCAGGAAUCAAGAUCCACGUGCUGCUCUGGCCCCCACGCUGCUCUCCGGAGGUUCAGCGCUGCCAGGUUCCUUUGCCGCGCUGGACGGAUUUCGCAGCGCCCCUGGCUCCUGCUGGAUGGGAGAGCUGUUCGCCGUGAUUGGCGGCUGCACCUUCCAGCGCCGCCCUGACUCCCUCUAGCGGGCGAGCUGGUCGCGGCGAUGGGCUGUGGCGGUUCCUCAUGUUUGACAUCCGGAUUGGGAGGGAGAGCCUCCACGGCAGCGGUGCACUCAACGGAGAGGCUCUCGACGGUAGUGGUGCGCUCAACGGAGAGGCUCUCCACGGCAGUGGCGCCCUCUACGACGAGACCCUCGACGGCCGCUGCCCUCUGCAACAUGUUGGUUUAGGCGAUGCAGGUACCGGAGGCAGGCUUACUGCAGGAGACUCUCCGGCUCGCUGCCAGGUUCUUCCUCCGGCCUCCCCCGCGUGCUAUCUGCAGCUAGGAAGUGAACAUCUACCAAAGAAAGAAGCAGCAUCCACAGGGUUAGCCGUUGGGGUAUUGUUUUUAUAUGGGACGCUCUGCAGCUGUGACGGUGUGGCACGGGCGGUGAGAACGGACCUGCAUCUUUGUUCGAGGCCUCUCAGCCUUUGCGUGGUCCUUUCCUGCAAGGCAAUUCUUCAUGCUGUACUGUAGGUUUGUUCUUCACCUGGAGUUUAUGUUCUACAAAAAAGGUUCUCAAUUUAGAAUCAUUACUUAUAAAAGGUUCUCCACAUUUAAAAGCCUGUCUUUCAAAAAUCAUUACCUGAACGAGUUGGCAGCUAUUCUUAUAUUGUAGACCAACAGAGGCAGUUCAUACAUUAUUUUUCUCUCUUUCUUACUAAUUGGUACUUAGUAGAAAUGCGGAAGGUUCUUCGUAGCAAUCAUGCACUUUGUACAAUGUCAGUUGUCACAGAGCAGUUACUAAGAUAGAUUAUUGCAUAUAUUUCUUAAGCUUACUCUGCUCUAGGUAGCCAAUUAUUUUCAACGACCAAUGCAUGGGUUCACAUGUAAAACAUGAAUAUGCAUUGGACCAUUGUCUUGCUCAGUUGUGACACAAUUGGCCAUAUUUUUUUUGUCUACAAAUAUGAUCAUUUCAUUUCACUUAAGGAGAUCUAUUUUGCUUCAGAAGGUGUAUGCUGGUAUUUUGGAUUGGGAACUUGUGUAUUUAUAAAGAUAUGCUGCAUUUUCCUGUUCUCAAACAUUUUAAUUGUCAUUGAAUUCUUGGUUAAUUCGUUUCCAAGGGUUAUUGCUUCCAGAUGAGUAGCUGUACAUGCAAAGAAGACAAACCAUAGGCCGGCUAC